AUGUCUUCCUCCUUGAGCGCUGCUAACUUCGAGCACAUCAAGUACCUCGGCGAAGGUGGAUUCGGAUUGGUAAGUACUUUGUGAAUUAUAUUGGGAUUCUUGAAAGUUUUGGUAAUUUUUGUAGUCUUUAAGCUAUGAAAAUUUUCAAAACUGUAAAAUAAGCUUUUAUCGACUUUGAAAUGGCUUUAACUUUGAUUCUGUCUUUCCGUGAAGGAUUUGGCUGUGAAUCUUGUAAAUUACCUUUUGAAUAGUAUUUAUAAUAGAUUCUUGAAUGUUUUGACGAUUUCUGUAGUACUUAAGUUAUCAGUAAUAUUCAAACAUGGGUUUUGUCGCUUCGGCACAAAACCCAUGUCUGAAUAUUACUGUUGCAACAUUGUAAAGCCAUUUCAAAGUUUCAUAAAGCCAUUUUUUGCAAAUGUGUCAAAAAAUGAAAUAACUAAUAGUCAUCAACGUUCUAUUACAUUUUUUUGACAUAUUAGUACUGUAAUUAAUGAUAACUAGUAAAAAACAAAAAUUUGGUCAAAAAGUCCAUAGAUAUGGUUUCUGUUAAAUAUUUAAAGGUUUUAAAUGCGAUCAAAAAAAUUUAUAUAAUGAAUCAAAAAAAUUUAUAUAAUGCAUGUUUCAAUGGCAGAUUGACUAUUAUUUAUGUUAUUUACCUAUUAUGAUUAACCAAGUAAAACCAAAAAUUUUAAAACACACAUUUAUAACCUGUUAUUCUAGGUUUCCGUUGUAAAGAAAAUUGGCGGAGUCGACGCGGGCGUCAACUACGCCAUGAAAUGCCUGAAGAAGGCAAAUGCGUACAGAAGUGAGGCCGCCAAGGGCCAAGUGAAGACGGAAAUUGAAGUGUUGAAGAAGCUAGACGACACGUUCUUUGUAAAGUUGUACUACAGCUUCGAGUCCAAGCAUCUGAUUCAUCUGGUGAUGGACAUGGUAGACGGAUGUGACUUAUUCGCCUACCUUCAAUGGGUGAAAAGAAUGGGCCAAAAGCUACCACUUACGCUUACGCGCUUCUUCGCGGCCCAGCUAGUGUUGGCCAUCGAUUAUCUACACUGUGGGGGUAUGGCGUACCGUGACCUGAAGCCCGAGAACAUCAUGAUGGACCGGGAUGGAUACAUCAAGUUGAUCGACUUCGGCUACACCAAGAGCAACGUGAAGAAGGAGACGCUGAUGUUCACGUUUGCGGGUACAACGACGCACCUGCCUCCAGAAGGCUACUACCCACAAAAAGGGUACACAUGGAUGGUAGACUGGUGGUCACUUGGCAUUGUGAUCCACGAGAUGCACUUUGGAAAGAUUCCGUUCGACUCGCGGGACAUUCAGGAGCUGUGGAGACAGGUAAGAAUACUACAACAAUAAAAUAACACAAUAAUAUGUAGUAGUACUGUAUUUUAUACAACACUACUUACCAGUAAAUCAACAUUACUGUAGCUUUACAAUAUUACAUAAUACUACUGGGCCAUGAAACAACUUGUACUUUAAACAAAAUACUAUUUAACUUACUUUAUUGUUUGUAGAUUGAAGAAGACAAGCUGGAUUUGCCCAAAUCCACAGACGCUGGAUUGAAGAAACUGCUUCAGAAGCUUCUAGAGAAGGAUCCAACAAAACGGGCUGGUUCAGAAGGCUUAGCCGAAUUUAAAAAGUUCGACUUCUUCAAAAGAAUGAAUUUUGAAGCAUUGGCUUUAAAGAAGCUGGUGAUUCCAUUGAAAGUACUAGUGCCUACCAAAGAAGAACUUUACAUUGACGAAAUCGACACAAGCUGGUUCGAAAAGAACGACUUUGAAGGAUUCGGUGACGUUUACAUAGCCGAACACUUGAAGCCAACGUUGGAAGCAAAUAAUGAAGAUGAAAACGACGAAAAUGCGGCGCCAAAAAUCAAUUCUGAAGCCAAGAACCAAGCCAAAGAACAAAUUGAGAAAGAAGCCAAGGAACCAGAAAAGCAGCCACAGAAAGAAGCUAAAAGGCCACGUGGACGUCCUAGAAAAGAAGCCAAGAAGGAAGACAAGCCAGCCAAAGAAGCCGAAAAGCCCAAAGAAGAAGAGAAGAAGGCCACAAAACGGAAGGCCAAAGAAGAGCCAAUUGAAGCCGCUAAGCGGCCAAGAAGAGCUAAUGUCCGAUAUCUUAAUUAA